AUGUCUUUUACUCCAUCACAUCCUGAGCCAGGGGGAUUCAUACAGCCAUCUCUUUCCUCCCCGGCUCCUUCGACAUCCACUGCUACCCCAUCCAUUCUCCCCAGACCAAGACUGCACCCCCUCAAGCCAGGUUCAACAAAAGAAACCACUGUCAUCAACCAUAUUGACAAGACAAUCUUGAUCAUUAAUCGCCGACAUGCCAAAAAGUUCAGCAGCGCAUUUGAUGACCAGGCCCAGCAGGAGUCGGAAAGGGGAUAUGAGAGCUUCAAAGAAGUGGCCAAAGACAUCGAGGGCUUGGUGGAUAUUCUCUGGGUUACUGGGACCCCAUCUCUUCAAAUACCCUAUUUGAUCUCUUUGGCUGUGUAUAUUAACACAUACCUCCCUGAAUAUCCAUUUUCUCCGAAGGCGACUUUUCGUCUACUUAAGAAGAUGGAUUCUGUAUUUGCAUCUCUCCUAACAGGGGAGGAUGCCGACUCUGGAGCUCCUCUUCCAGGCUUCGAAUCAAGACGAAAUGUCGUGUCUAUGACGGAGAAAGUCAGAAUCAAAAGUAUUGCCGAAACUUGCCGUGUAGCUGUCGUGGAGGCUAGAGAGCAAGUUGAUGGGCCUGACGAUGAAGAUGAAGAUGGCUUCAGUGAUGACGACGAUGAUAUGGAUGAUGUCUUCGGUACGGAUGACUAUCCAUCUCCAGGGAGAUGGGAGAUGGAGACCGCAAGAGUUUACGAGAAGACGAUUCAAUUACUUGGAGAUGAGUUGGGGAAGGCGGGAGAAUUCUGUGACACGAACUUGGCCCCAGGAGAUACUUGCCAGGCUGAGCCGAGUGAAUGA